AUGUUCAAUCGACUCCUCUCCAGGGCCUCGCACCAUACUGCCAGCGCUCAAUACACCCCUGAUAGUUUCAAAGGCAACAAACACGCUCCUGGCCGUGCCGCUCCCAUCGAUCCCUGGGCUGCUGGUCCCGCUCAACAGCAGUCAGACUAUACCAGCUCUUCUUUGGCUGCCGAUGCUGGGCCACUGCAAUCACAUCCUACCGGCACCUAUUCGCGUGGGAGAGGCACUUCUGUCGGCUCCAAUACUUCGGCUCGCAGAGUCGGAGCCCUCGAGAACAACGUCAUGGCUAGCACCACCGAGCGAAGCCGCCUGCGUCGAGAACGAACAUUUGUCGGCAGCGAAUGCGCCGUCUGCGAAGAGCCUCUCGAACACACCUUGCAAGGCGAGCGCAUCCUCCAGUUCUCGUGCUCCCACGUCUCCCACGAGGCCUGCUUCUACGAAUUCAUUCGUGAGAUUGAGUCGCAAUACUGCCCAACAUGCGAUGCUCCCUUGCAUCUCGAUACUAGCCGUGGCGGCAAUGUCAUUGACAUCAGUUCGUCUUCCACGCGCGCAACCGAGUUGGUGCAAGUCGCUAACUCAACUCCAGACAAAAUUAGCAACAUGGUUCGCUCGGCAGGAAGCGACAGUCGCUCUACAAACACGCCCACUCCCACCUGGGAUAGCCAGACCAUGAGACCGCCAAGUGUUGACAGCUCGCAGCGCCGUCUGCCUCAGCAACAGCAGCAACCACUCCCGCAACAACCUCAGCUGCAGCCCCAGUCUCAGCUGCAGCCGCCCCUACAGCAGCCCCCCGCCCCGAACGGUGCCAGAGAGAGCGGUACCCGUGGUAGCCUGCGCGACAGUCGUGAGAAUCUCUCAGAUCGCUAUGGUCCCUCUAGACACACUCGCAGCGACAGCGAUGUUACUGGCAUUACGGGCGUCACUUCAUCUGCUGGCUACCCGGAAACCACCCAAAGCGGCCCUCAAUGGCGCCACGACUACGAUGUCCAGGCUAUGGAAACCUCACCCGGAAGUCCUCAGCGUGCCAUCACCCGCAACCCCAUCCCUGCUCCUCUGGUCACCGUUCGCUCCGAGUUCCCAACAAUCAGCAGGUCGCGCCAGCAGCAAACUCUUACCUGUCUCAUCACCAUUGAAGUCCCAGACAACAAAUGGAAACCGGACCCAGAAGAUCUCAGCUCAAACAGCGUCGCUCGCCAGCCUUCUCUUGGUCGCAUCGACGAUAUUGCAGCGUUCGCUGCCUCGCCUCCUCAACCCGCACCUUCACCCGCACCCAAAUUCUACCCAUAUGAGUCACCAGUGGCGCUCGAGGAGGCUAGACAGAGCCUCAAUCGUCGAGUAGAGAGUUGGCACGGUUUGGACUUCGAGAGAUUUGGUCAGCUUCGACUUUACGGGACACUUCAUGUCGGCAAAGACAAAAAGUCGUGGCAAGAGCUUGAGUGCUUCCUUUUUGGCGAGAUGCUCAUCUGUGUCAAGGAAAAGAAGAUUACUGGGGGCCCUCCCCAGCCUCAGUGGGAUGAGAAUGGUAAUCCCCGCAAGACGAGUCGCGUUGCGCUCAAGGGCUCCAUCUUAAUCAAGAAGCACCUCCAGGAAGUUUCCGAGACUGGCAAUAUUGACGAAAACAUCCUCACCCUCAGUUUGUCGGUCAACGAGUUGCCGCAGUUCCAUCUUCGCUUCUCAAACCGCAAUCAACUCAAGCUGUGGAACCAGGCUUUACUAGAUCUCAACGCCGUUGAGCCCUCCUCUAUCCGAAGCCCGGAGUUUGAGCGCGCCGACAUGUCAGAGACGGACGAGGAGACGGAAUGGCAGCGCUCUAGACCCCAGCGAGUCUCGUCUACAACCUCAUCUUGGGGCCCCAAGUCUGUUACCACCGCACCUACCGAGUACACCAACAACUUCACGUCCAAAGUCAGCCGCAUGUCAGCAUCCAUUCACGUUCCCGUUGAUAUCGUUGUGGUUGUUCCCAUUUCCUCCUCCAUGCAGGGCGUCAAGAUCAACUUGGUCCGCGACGCUCUCAAAUUCAUGGUUAAUACUCUGGGCGAGCGUGACCGCAUGGGUCUCGUCACUUUUGGCUCCGGCGGCGGCGGUGUACCCAUUGUAGGCAUGACGACAAAAGCUUGGCCAGGUUGGGGCAGUAUUUUAGGAUCCAUCAAACCUGUUGGACAGAAGAGCCAUCGCGCCGAUGUGGUCGAGGGUGCCAACGUCGCUAUGGACCUGCUGAUGCAGCGCAAGCACAGCAACCCUCUCGCCACCAUUAUGCUCAUCAGUGAUGCUUCGACCUCGGACGCCGACUCGGUCGACUUUGUCAUCUCGAGAGCCGAGGCUGCCAAGAUAACCAUUCACACUUUCGGUCUCGGCAUGACUCACAAACCCGAUACCAUGAUCGAGCUCUCCACCAGAACAAAGGCCUCCUACACCUACGUCAAGGACUGGAUGAUGCUCCGUGAAUGUCUGGCUGGUUGCCUGGGCUCUAUGCAGGCCUUAUCGCACCAGAAUGUCAAGCUCAAGCUUAAGCUGCCCGAAGGCUCACCAGCCAAGUUCCACAAGAUCAAUGGCGCGCUGCAAACUACCAAGCGCGCCACUGGCCGCGAUGCGGAGGCCGCUCUUGGUGAUCUGCGGUUCGGUGAUAAGCGGGAUAUUCUUGUCCAGCUCGUCAUUGUUUCCGACAGCUCAUCACAGGAGCAGCUACCUCAGGAUGCCUGGGACAAUAUUGUCUCUGGACUGGAGGCGCUGGGCGGCUCUAUGGACAAUGACGGUGAACGUACAUUGUCUGUGGAAGAAGUGCCUCUAAUCCAGGCCGACCUGAGUUGGGGUGACAUUCUUCGUGACGGCAGCGUCACUCAGAUGCCACGCCCAUCGCUCCUCGCCAUUACAAUGCUGCCCUCCUCGGGCCAGAAGAAAGCGUGGGGCAAUACACCGCCCAUUCCACCUCAUCCAAGCAUCGUCCAACGCCGGAUGGAGCUCCUUACUUCCGACAUGCUCUCUCGCGCGUUGACGCUUGUCAGCCGCGGACAGCACGACAGGGCCUUUACACUGCUCAACGAGACGCGAUCUAUCCUCAAGGGUCUCGGCAAAGGCGGACUUCCACCUGUUCCGGUCCCCAAGUCGACACCUUCAACGCCUCACCCCGGCACUGAAGCUUCUGUCAUCCCUUCUGCAUCUCCCGACCGCAAGCGCAGUCCAUCGCCGCCAACCUCCGCGACCUCAUCGACAGGGAACAGCAACGGACCUGCAUCCGCACAGAUUCUCCGCUCGCGAUCUGGAGAGGGUCUCGCUCUGGGCACCGGCAUUGAUGUCAACACAGUUUCAGCGCUCGAUGCUGAGCUGGAGAGCAGUCUAGAGUGGAUCAACCACCCAGCCGUCUUUGGUCGCGACAGUCGCAAGGCUGUGCUGCAGGCCAUUGGUGUCAUUUCCUCGCAACGCGCUUUCACCUUCCGCAGUCCCAUUGAGAGUCUCUGGGCCAACCGCGUCACUGGUAUCAAGCGACUGGCUGACAAGAGCCGCGAGUGGCGCGAAGAAGGCGGUGGUGAGGGUGGCAUCAUGGAAGAGGCCUAA